CUCACUUUGGCGAGAGUUCUGUUAACGCAACAGUUGGCCAUUGGGAAUGCGAACUUGUGAAGAAGAAGACUAUAAACAAAGAAUUCAGACUAAAAGUGAAUUGGUAACGUUUUUUUGUGUUUGUAUUUAAACAAUCGACAAAAUAUGACAGAAAAAGUGAUCUCGCGCUGUAGCUGGACACAAACGGCGGGCAAUGAGCUGUCCCAGCUGAUACCGACACGUCACUACGAGGAGGAUGUCUUUGUGAAACCUGCCUUGGACGAUGUUGUCAACGAGGACCGUGCUGUGCUGUUCGCCAACAAUGAAUCCGCUCCCAUUCCAUGCGAGCUACAUUUUGAAAUCUCACCGCGUUUCAAAAUUGCCGCUUUAACCCUUGUGUGUAGCGCACCCAAAGUAGAACUUUUUGUGGGCACCAACCAAGAGUACUUAGAGACCAUUUAUGGCGUUGCCAUCGAAGAAGAUGAAGGUGAAGGUGAAGGUGAUGUGCCCAUAAGACCAUAUCGUUACGAUAUGGAAAUCGAUCGUUCCGGCAUAGCCAACAUUAAUUUAAAGCUACUGACGUCGAGUAAAGAGAUUUGCAUCUUUGGUGCCAUGUUGCACAUUGCACCUAAUCCCAAUGGCAUCACCACACAGCAGCAGCAGCCGUUUAAUUUGCAAAAGAUACAAGAAUUACUGCACAAAGGCGGAAGCAGCAGCAGCAGUAGUCAAAGCAAGCCCGAGGACAAUGAGGAGAAAAUGCAAAAGUUCAUGUCGUUGAUGAAGGGAAUUACAGGCCAAUCGCAUUCUCAAGCGCCAACAGCGGCUCCUACUGGCAAUAUGGAUAUGAAUAGCAUCAACCAACAUAUCGAUCAUAAGUUCGAACAAUUGGAGCACCUCAUAACUAAAAGACUGGAUGAAAUGCAAUUGCAACAGACUGAAAAGUUGGAUAGAAUUAUGGCACUGCUCGAAAAGCGCAACUAAAUCAUCGAAUCGUAAAUAUAAUUUUAUCUAUUUUUUUUAAACUAGCUUCUAAAUUGUAUGUUUAUAUGUAUUCGUGUCGGUCUUUAUUGAAUAUUACAAUGUGAUCAGAUCUCUAAGACCAUAUUAAAGGCAGUUUUUCAAUUUCUUGUUGAACUUAGCUUCAUAUUUGGCACAAAAGAAAUCGUCGAAAUUAUCAGUUAGAUCGUUUUGGUCAGCUUGAUUAUAAACCUGUAAUUAUACAGAAAUGUCACUCGAUCUCUUUUGUACUUUUAACGACGAAUCUCCGAAACUUACGUUAUCCACAGCUAUUGCAGGAACACCAGAAUAAAGGUGAACAAUUUUUUGCGUCUCUUUGCGAUACUUUUCCAAUAUAUCUUCAACGCUGCGCGAUUUUUUUGCAUUCUUUGACGGCGGCGACAUCGAUAUUGUAACGGGUGGCGCACUUGUCGAUCUGAUUCUUUCCACUACGCAUCAUGCAAGCAAUCAACUUCAACGCGUCCGUGAUGUUAUGAUGCUCCAGGAUGCAGCCAUGCCAGGCAUUUAGUUCACACUCCAGUUCGCCGUGCUGACAUGUCACCUUGCCCGUCGUGUUGUCUUUCUGCAACGCCAAAAUAUUGCAGUGUUGCAUGGUAAAUGACACAAAAAGCUACAUACUCGGGCAUUGCCAUAGGGCACCAGGGUUAACUCUGUGAAGGCAAGACGAUCCUGACGCACCAUCGAGGGAUUCAAUUGCUCUGUGACGAAUGCUCGACAAUAUGGACAAAGUGAUUCGUAAUACAGUGUAAUUGGCAGCUUGCCAGCUGGUGGAUCGUUGUGA